AUGAAGAAAAAUAUUAUCAAUACAUGGUACUCUUUUGUAAACAUUCCCAAUGUGAUUGUUCCAGAUAUUGAAAAGGAAAUAAGAAGGAUGGAAAAUGGGGCACGCAGCUCCUUUUCUGAUGAUGAUGGUGAUGACGACAGUGCCUCCAUGUUUGAAGAAUCAGAGAAUGAAACCCCCCAUACAAGGGAUUCCUGUAGAAAUAACUCACAGAGAAGGGAUCCAUCACAGAGGGAGCAGUACCUGCCUGGUGCCAUCGCGCUUUUCAAUGUUAACAAUAGCAGCAAUAAGGAGCAAGAACCAAAAGAAAAAAAGAAAAAGAAAAAAGAAAAGAAGAGCAAAUCAGGAGAUAAAAAUGAAAAUAAAAAGGACUCAGAGAAGAAAAAGAAGAAAGAAAAGGAAAAAGAGAAGAAAAAUAAAGAGGAGAAAGGCAAAGAUAAGAAAGAAGAGGAGAAGAAAGAGGUCAUGGUUAUUGAUCCUGCAGGAAACAUGUACUAUAACUGGCUGUUUUGCAUCACUUUACCUGUUAUGUACAACUGGACUAUGGUUAUUGCAAGAGCAUGUUUUGAUGAACUUCAGUCUGAUUACCUAGAAUAUUGGAUCAUUUUUGAUUACCUAUCAGAUACAGUCUAUCUUCUUGAUAUGUUUGUACGAACAAGGACAGGUUACUUAGAACAAGGACUGCUGGUGAGGGAGGAGGCUAAGCUCAUAGAGAAAUAUAAAUCAAACUUGCAAUUUAAACUUGAUUUUCUAUCAGUAAUACCAACUGAUCUGCUGUAUUUUAAGCUGGGGUGGAACUAUCCAGAAAUUAGAUUAAACAGACUGUUAAGGAUCUCUCGAAUGUUUGAGUUCUUCCAGAGAACAGAAACAAGAACAAACUACCCAAAUAUCUUCAGGAUUUCCAACCUUGUUAUGUAUAUCGUCAUCAUUAUCCACUGGAAUGCGUGUGUGUACUUCUCUAUUUCCAAAGCUAUUGGAUUUGGAAAUGAUACGUGGGUGUAUCCUGACGUUAACGAUCCUGAAUUUGGCCGUUUGGCUAGAAAAUAUGUAUACAGCUUGUACUGGUCUACACUGACUUUGACCACAAUUGGUGAAACACCACCUCCCGUGAGGGAUUCUGAGUAUGUCUUUGUGGUGGUUGAUUUCCUAAUCGGAGUGUUAAUUUUUGCUACCAUUGUUGGUAACAUAGGUUCUAUGAUUUCCAACAUGAAUGCUGCCAGGGCAGAAUUUCAAGCAAGAAUUGAUGCAAUCAAGCAAUAUAUGCAUUUCCGAAAUGUAAGCAAAGAUAUGGAAAAGAGAGUUAUCAAAUGGUUCGACUAUCUGUGGACCAACAAAAAAACAGUUGAUGAGAAAGAAGUCCUCAAGUAUCUACCUGAUAAGCUGAGAGCAGAGAUCGCCAUCAACGUUCACUUAGACACUUUAAAAAAGGUGCGCAUUUUUGCGGACUGUGAAGCUGGGCUGUUGGUGGAAUUGGUCUUGAAAUUACAACCCCAAGUCUACAGUCCUGGAGAUUACAUUUGCAAGAAAGGGGAUAUCGGACGAGAGAUGUACAUCAUCAAGGAAGGCAAACUCGCUGUGGUGGCAGAUGAUGGAAUCACUCAGUUCGUGGUCUUGAGUGAUGGCAGCUACUUCGGCGAGAUCAGUAUCCUUAACAUUAAAGGUAGCAAAGCUGGCAAUCGAAGAACAGCCAAUAUUAAAAGUAUUGGCUACUCCGAUCUGUUCUGUCUCUCAAAAGAUGACCUCAUGGAAGCUCUAACUGAGUACCCAGAUGCCAAAACUAUGCUAGAAGAGAAGGGAAAGCAAAUCUUGAUGAAAGAUGGUCUACUGGAUAUAAAUAUUGCAAAUGCUGGAAGUGAUCCUAAAGACCUGGAAGAGAAGGUCACCCGAAUGGAGGGAUCAGUAGACCUCUUGCAGACAAGGUUUGCUCGGAUCCUGGCUGAGUAUGAGUCAAUGCAGCAGAAACUGAAGCAAAGACUAACCAAAGUUGAGAGAUUUCUGAAACCAAUUAUUGACACAGAAUUUUCAGCUCUUGAAGGAACGGGAGAUGAAAGUAGGCCCCUGGACUCCACACAGGACUGAGAAGCUGGUCAUUAACAAGGACGUGCCUCAUGAUCCUUUUGGUUUAGGCAACUCUAAAUUGGAAGAAGAGGGAGAUUCAGCUGGGGGAGUGUUUCCAUAAGGAAAAUGGGCUUUGGUGCAGGAUACAAGGCCCGCGCACCCACUUGGGAGGUACUGUGAUUAACAAUCAUCAUCCUUAGGAUUUUUCAGAAUGGAUAAUGUGCAAAGA